UUUGACAGUUGGUCACUGUAUUGUUUGAAGAAAGCUCCAAAAUUCCAAAUUCAUGGAAAAUUGUCUAAUGCAAAAAAAUCUUUUUUUUUUUAUUUUGUUUUCCAUUGCAGGUGGUUUAGUGACAUAUAGUGUUUACAUUUUCAACAGUGUAUUAGAAUAAUAAAAAUAAAUGCAAUGGAAUCAGAGACAAUUAGUGAUUUGGUGCAAAAAAUGGUUAUAUCCCUUUGUGGAGAGCAAAAACCAGAUGUUGUAAGAAGAUUUUUGAGAUUCUCAUUGGGCGUACUUUCAUCAACACAAGGAGUGGAAACAGUACGUGAGGAUGAAAUAACAAUUGCUUCUCAAAUAAGAGGGAAAUUAUCUGCAAAAGAUGCUGUACAAUUUGAUAAAUUGCACAAUGAUUUAAAAGAUGGGCCAUUGAAAAAUCGACUGAACGUGUUGAUUUUUCUUCUUAAUUUAUGCCAAUCAGGAGAGCAAAUGAAAGAAAAAGUUUUCUCCUUUCCCGAAAUGAGAUUGGGUCUAAACUUGCCAAUUGCAUCGACAAGUGCACAUUCUUCGCAAUCUUCUUGUUCUCAAGGAUUAAUUGUUCCAUUGGGAAGUGCAGAUACAAAUUUUCGAUGUCUAACGUCAAAUAUAAGUCGAAUUUUCAAUGAGGAUUGUAUUUCUGAAGAUAUUUUAGUUCAAGAUUUGAUUUAUUCAUUCCAAGGUAUUGAGGGAAAAGUAUUGAAACUCGAUUCAAAUUUUGGUUUUCAAAUUGAUCCACUUGCAAAAGUUAAUAGAUCACAAAAACAAGCACUCUUGAGAUUAAGUGAACUUGGUUAUUUACAUAAUGUUGUGAGACGAGGAUUGGAACGAAUGACCAAAAGUGGAAGUGGACGAGUUGUUGAUAGUUUUGUUGCUACAAUUCAUAAAGAAUUGUCAGAAUAUUAUAGAUUUAUUGCCAUAAUACAAGAGGAAGUUAAUAGAGGGCACAGUUCUUUGGGUCUCGAAGGUGUAACACUGUCACAUCUUCAUCUUUGGGCAUUUGAUCCUCUACAAACUCUAAAACGUCUCGCGAGCAUUGUGAAUGUUUGUCAAAGUCAAAAAGGUGGUGCUUUAGCUUCGGCAGUUUAUGAAUUUAAUCAUCAUGGUGACACUGGUGUUAAGACUCUUGUAAAGAGAAUAUUAGAAAGUGUUUGUCAUCCACUUUAUAAUAUGUUGAUGCGAUGGAUUACUGAUGGUGAAUUGGAUGAUCCAUAUCAAGAAUUUUUCAUUGAAGCAAGAGCAGAUGUUGCCGGCGAUAGAAUGUGGCAUGAAAAAUAUCAAGUGAGAAAUGCAAUGGUGCCAACGUUUAUCACUAAAUCGCAGGCAAAAAAAAUUCUUGGCACUGGAAAGAGUAUCAAUUUUUUGAGAGAAGUUUGCAAAGAUUUUACUCCACUCAAGGGAAGAGAUAUGGAAGCAUUCAGUGAGGAAAACGAAAAAUAUGUUGAAGCUUUUUUCGAUAUGGAUCCCGAUGGACAGUUACAAACAAUGAUGGAUGCAGCAUACAAAGAAACUUCCACGAGAGUUGUUGAGAUAUUGACAAAACAAUAUCAUCUUAUGGAUCAUUUACAGGGUAUAAAAGGCUAUUUGUUACUUGGUCAAGGACAUUUUGUUCAGCACUUGAUGCAUUUGAUAGAACCUGAAUUGGCGAAACCAGCAAAUUCUCUUUAUCCACACAAUUUAUCAUCAAUUUUGGAAACAGCUCUUCGUGCAACAAGUACAAAAUUAGAGGACGCUGAUGUACAAAGACGACUUGAUGUUCGAUUAUUGACAUCGUCGGAAAAUGAAACCGGUUGGGAUGUCUUUGCACUUGAUUACAAUUUCGAUGAACCGAUUGGAACGAUUUUGGAACCAUGCCGACAAACGUAUCAAACAGUAUUUUUUUUACUUUGGCGUGCAAAACGAAUGGAGACAAUUUUAUCGGCAAUUUGGAAACAGCAAAUAACAUCUGCGAAAAUAUUUAGAAAAAUGCCCGAAGUAUUGCCAAUUCAAAAUCAUAUUCAUCUUAUAACAAGUAGUAUGGUGCAUUUGGUUCAUCAGAUGCAAUAUUAUUUUCUUUUUGAAGUCAUUGAAUGUUCAUGGGAUGUUUUUACAACACAAUUAGGACAAGCAUCGUCUCUUGAUGAAAUAAUUGCAGCUCAUAAUCAUUUUGUCGAUUCAGUGAGAAGGGGAACACUUUUAGAUGAAAAUUCACGGGAAUUAAGAGAUCAUUUACGAUCAGUGUACAGUCCAAUUCUUGAUUUACAAAAUUUGGAAGAUACUUUUUUAACACGUGCAAUGCAAGAAUAUGAAGCAAGAUUGAAAUCGGAAAAAAAUAUUGUCAAUACACAUGAACAACUUAAUAAAUGGGGACGAUCGCUUAAUACAGAUGCAGAAAAUAUAGAACGACAAAAUGCAUUUAAUAAAUAUCUUUCAACGCUUUCACGUCAAUUAAAAGUUCUCUCUGCAACUUAUCAAGAUCGUGUGAAAAAGUUUCUCCUAAUGUUGGCGUCAGCAGAAAAUGUUUCCCUUCAACUUUUAAGCGUUCGAUUGGAUUUCAAUGAAUAUUACAAAAGCAAAGACAGUCGUUUAGUUGCUCCUUUAACGUAUCAACAUCGACGGCAAAGCGAUCAAUCAUUUCUCUCUUGCAAGUGACAGUCGUUAAAAUUUCAUAAAAUUAUUUUUAAAAAUAAUUCAAUUUCAAAUAAAAUUAAUUUUAACAAA